UUCUGUUCUCUGUCGUUCACCUGCCAUUGAGUUUGCACAGCUGCCUCUGAGCUACAUUGGUGGCAGCCUUGCUGUGGGUGGGGCUGGGUGCCUAUUGAGCUGCAUGCCCACGGUGCCCUAGCCAGGUAACAGCUUCUUGGAGUUCAAGUUAUCAAGAGAUCCAGUCUGGACGGCCUGCUCCACCAUGGGGCUCUUGCCGACUGAGACAGACAGAAAUCUAGCUCCUAAACCCAAGGAGGCCGGCAUACUGCUGGCUAAGCAGGGAGCUGCCCACCAACUGGCUGUAGGGUGGCAUCCCUCGGAAGGGGCUGUAAGGCACCUGUGGCUGGAAGGAGGAGCCCAAACCAAGCCCAGGGAAGAUUGAAGGACAGCAGGAUCCUGAGGGAGCACGUGCUGAGCUUUCAGAGGUUCACACACAGUAAUAUCUUUGACAUCACUUCUCCAGAAGAUGAUGUACUCAUAAAUCUCCUCCCUAGGUGGGUGGCAGGCCUAUCUGUGGGAUGGUCUUCAGUACCAAAGGACCUCACUUUGGCGAGUACCACAGUGGCAUUGUCCCAGUCGAUGGUGUAGAGGAUGCCCUCAUAGUGGAUCUGCGCCUUGAAGAUGAUGCUGAUCUUGCUGCCCAGGUUCAGGGUGCCCGAGGAGCUGCUCAUGGCAGUGGUCUCCUGGCCCGGCCCGGCCCGCUCACCUUUGCGUGGUGGCCUCAUCACCCUCUCUUCGCGGCUUCAGUGCUGCCUUACUGCCACCCGAGGGCCUGCCUGGGGACCAGGGGGCCUCUUUUAGUGCUUGACAUUGUUCUUUCUCAUGGAGUCACGUAGCUGAGCUUGGGUUGGGGCAAUUAUCUAGGCGUAUAACCAGAUAACAUUGGAACACAAGUUCAAGGGAAAUGACAAAUCAGUCUUAACGUUUUUCCUUCCUGUGCUUUUCUCAUUAGGGUCUAGAGGGGUCUUCAUCCUUAUUGAAUAUGACCUUUUGAGAAAUUUAGUUUCCAUCUUUCCCAAUAGAAUCAUUCUUCUUAGGGAAUUAAAUUUGCUUCAAGUUUCUGUCUCUUCUGCUCAGUUUAAAAGAUGAGGCCAGGGCCCUGUGGGUGUUUUGUUAUUGAUAUCUGCUAUUUUUUACUCUCAGCUCUGUCGUUAAAUUGUAUUAUGGUAGGCGGCAUCUCCUAGGCCCAGUCUUUUAACAUAAUUUGCCUUAAGAUGUGUUGUUUGCCUAGGAACACGCAGUAUCUAUGUUCCAAGCUUAGCAUCACUGGGGACCAGACUUGACUUGCAAACAGAACCAGGCACUGAGGCCUAUGGUAGCCAUCCAGAUAACAGGACUGAAUGUUGCUGGUCAGAAUUCUCCUCCUUAUACAUUCUGUGUGGCCUUGGCAAGUUCCUGAAUUCCUCUGGCUCUAAGAUUGCUCUUUGAUCUUUACAUUCCUUGCUAGCCCUCUGCUUUGUUAGUACAGUUUCCAAACUCAGUUUUGUGGUCAGUUAAUCUUUGUGUUGGGGUUGGGCAUUCUCUCAUCGAAUAAAUUUAGAAAAUGCUUCUUACUUUAUUUUUCUCUCAAAGAGUUACAAGGCACACAUGCUUAUCAAGGUCUCUGAGAAGCUCCCUGUUGAACAAUGCUUAAUGAAGCAUUUCUCCAAUAUAGGUGAAUAUGUAAUUUUUUAUUGAUUAAUUUUGGUUUCCUGGGAAGACUUCCGAAGAGCAUCUUUUGGGAAAGAUUUCUGCUGCAGCUUCCUCAGGUGACUGAGUUAUGUAAGGUAAAGAACACACAGCAGUGUCUCUGAUUGUAGAAUGACAAUGUAAGUGUACCAUUGCUUUUUAAUUGGAAGACAGUUGUGUAAACAGUUUUUAAGCAAUAGGUGUCUGCAUUCUGAUUAACUGCCAGAGUAUCUCUGGUUCAGCUAACAGAAGUCAAAUUUGGAGGCCCACAAGCAGGAAGGAACUACUUUAUUGUCUAACUCAUCAAAAAGUCAAAGUUUCCGUGUUGAAUCAUGUCCCACCCCCUCUCGGGGCUGUCCUGCCUUAUAAAAGGCAGGGAACCCAGGCAAGUAGCUAGAAUCCUGUUUUAGCCUCAGAAAAGUGCUACAACACUACACAUGGCUUCUUCUCCUCCCUUUCAUUUAAAAUCAGUUAGGGAUUAUAAUAUGAGAUUUCAAAGACAUAGGAAAAACUAGCUUCCAUUAGAAUUGAAAUGAAAACUAAUGAGAAAAAAAAUGCAACUAUAAAAGACUUCUGUUCUAUCCUUAUGGUAACAAUCCUGAGACACUAACACAAAAAGCAUUAGGGCUAAACUCUGAAAUCAGUCGUGAGCAUGUUGGGCAUUAGGUGUAAUCAGAAGAUUUCAAUAAAUGCAACUGGCCUUUGGCAGCAGCUAACAUACAACAGCUCUGCAAAUGCCAAGCAUUUUAUCAACGAGUGGUCCAGUUGUGAUCUUUUGCCUGGCGCCUGGUGCUUUGGCCAAGUCAGGCGGAUGUUAUCAGGGAUACAGAGUUCCAGGCAGUGGCCUGGACUCAAGAAAGGGAGGGUGGGGUGACCCCAGAGUAUGGCCCAAAGCCAUUUCAAAACAAAUCAAAAAACCCACCUAGACGGAGAAGAAAGUAAGCUGAGAAUGUUCAAUUAAUCAAGCUUUAUAUUUAAACAAUGUGAUCAUGUAGUCUUUCCUUUUCAUUGGGUAAAUUAUGUGCCUUAUGUUAAAUUACUAUUUCAGAAUGGCUGCUGGAGUUUGUGUCUCUUGCAGGAAUCAAACGAUCUGCUCUCACGUUUAAAACAGUUAUGCUAGUUUCCUUCUGCGUCUUAGCCUAUAAAUGCAUCUGAAGCUGGGGAUAUUUGUCCUAAGUAUCUUUUCCCAUUUAAACAGUCUUCAUAACAUUUCUAAUUUGCAAAAGCCUUGGUGUUCAAAAAUAACUGGGAGAAAAAUUGGACUGUGGGUGGGGGGUAAUCCAGCCCUGCAUCAGGGCAUUACUGACUACUAAAGGAAAAAAAGGCCUCUUUCCUGAACCUUACCGGAUGGGGCCAUUGUUUUCAUACAGCCUUUAGCUAAUACAAAAGGACUCAAAGUCCAUGACUGGCCUCAGACCAGCAUUUUGUCUGGGAACAACAUCCAAAGCCAUGAUGAACAACCAGGCUGAUAGUAAAAUGAGCCUCCCCAAGUUGGAGUAUUUUUGUUAAAUCCUAGUACAAAAAAAAAAAAGUACUAAAAGCCCAUCUGGUGAGAUGAUAAUUCAUUAAGUGAAAAGAGGAGGCAGAAGGCUUGGGAAAAUCGAUCCUUUUCUUUCUUUGUCUCCUGUGUUUGAGUUAUUGUGCAAUCACAGAGAUAUAAAUCUGGAUUCAGAGCAGCGGAAAACCCAUGGAACGUUCCGGGCAUGUUUUAAUAGUGUCUUUGCAACAAGGAUGGUGUUCUGCAGCUGUGAUGUCAGUGAACUGAUGUGCUGUUUGGAGUGGUCUUUAGAAUUAGCACAGGAGACAGAGUGGGGAGGGUCAGGAGAUGAGGACUGUGUGCUGGAGGAAGGAGCUAGACUCCAGGAAACUCCUCAUUCUUCCUGAGCUUCUGUGACACACCCUCGGGGUGGCACACCCUCCCUGGAGUCCAGCUCAGCCCGCAGACUCAUGGAAGGAGAACCAGGGCCCAGGCCUCCCCUUUGAGGAGUGGAUGCUGCACUUCUGUGUGUCAGCCACCUCGGGAAGGAAAGCUGAAGCCUUAGAGCUUUGUGCACGUGACCUCGGAACCCAUUGAGCUCAUGGACCCUCAUCACAUCCUCGAAGACCACCGAGUGGCCCACCCUCAGGACCCUCACCACCCAUCAGAGAAGCCCGUCAUUCACUGCCAUAAAUGUGGAGAGCCGUGCAAAGGGGAAGUGCUUCGGGUCCAGACCAAGCAUUUCCACAUCAAAUGUUUCACCUGCAAAGUGUGCGGCUGUGACCUGGCCCAAGGGGGCUUCUUCAUAAAGAACGGGGAGUAUCUCUGCACCCUGGACUACCAGAGGAUGUAUGGCACACGAUGCCAUGGCUGCGGGGAGUUUGUGGAAGGAGAGGUGGUGACCGCCCUGGGCAAGACCUACCAUCCCAACUGCUUUGCCUGCACGAUCUGCAAGCGCCCGUUUCCACCCGGAGACCGAGUCACGUUCAAUGGGAGAGACUGCCUUUGCCAGCUCUGCGCACAGCCGAUGUCUUCCAGCCCUAAAGAAGCCUCCUGCUCUGGCAAUUGCGCUGGCUGCGGACGAGACAUCAAGAAUGGACAGGCCCUGCUGGCGCUGGAAAAGCAGUGGCACUUGGGUUGCUUUAAGUGCAAGUCCUGCGGAAAAGUCCUCACCGGCGAGUACAUCAGCAAGGAUGGUGCUCCAUAUUGUGAAAAGGACUACCAGGGGCUCUUCGGGGUAAAAUGUGAAGCCUGCCACCAGUUCAUCACAGGGAAAGUCCUGGAGGCGGGUGACAAACAUUACCACCCGAGUUGUGCACGAUGCAGCAGAUGCAACCAGAUGUUCACAGAAGGAGAGGAAAUGUAUCUGCAAGGUUCUACCGUUUGGCAUCCCGACUGUAAGCAAUCAACCAAGACUGAGGAAAAGCUGCGGCCCCCAAACAUCCGUCGAUCUCCGUCUGAUUUCUUUUAUCCCAAAAGUCUGAUUCGACGCACAGGACGGUCCCCGUGUCUGCAGCCUACCAGGACUUCCUCUGAAAGCAUUUACUCUCGACCAGGCUCCAGCAUCCCUGGCUCCCCGGGUCAUACUAUCUAUGCAAAAGUGGACAAUGAAAUCCUGGAUUACAAGGAUUUAGCAGCCAUUCCCAAAGUCAAGGCAAUUUAUGACAUUGAACGUCCAGAUCUUAUUACCUAUGAGCCUUUCUACUCUUCGGGCUAUGAUGACAAGCAGGAGAGGCAGAGCCUGGGAGAGUCUCCAAGGACUCUGUCUCCUACUCCAUCAGCGGAAGGGUACCAGGAUGGGCGGGACCGGAUGAUCCGCCGGUCCACAAGCCAGGGCUCCAUCAGCUCCCCGGUGUACAGCCGUCACAGCUACACUCCAACCACAUCCCGCUCUCCUCAGCAUUUUCACAGACCCGAGCUGCUGUCUCCUGGUGUGCAGAGGUCCUUCCUGCGCACCAGCAGCCUCAGCUCCGCCCACAGCGACUCCCGCCCCAACUCCCCAUUCCGACACCACUUCCUUCCCCAUGUGAAAGGCAAUGAGCCGUCCAGCGGCCGGAACUCCCCUCUCCCUUACCGGCCAGACAGCCGCCCUCUCACUCCAACUUACGCUCAGGCCCCUAAACAUUUCCAUGUUCCAGAUCAAGGGAUCAACAUUUACCGAAAACCACCCAUCUACAAACAGCAUGAUGCAGCUGCCUUGGCAGCCCAGAGCAAAUCUUCGGAAGACAUCAUCAAGUUUUCCAAGUUCCCAGCAGCCCAGGCUCCAGACCCCAGCGAGAUUCCAAAGAUUGAGACGGACCACUGGCCUGGUCCCCCCUCACUUGCUGCCGUAGGAGCUGACACCAGACGCAGAUCUAGUGGCCGAGAGGAAGAGGAUGAAGAGCUUCUGAGACGCCGGCAGCUUCAAGAGGAGCAGUUAAUGAAGCUCAACUCGGGCCUUGGCCAGUUGAUCCUGAAAGAAGAGAUGGAGAAGGAGAGGGAGAGCCGGGAGAGGGCCUCCCUGGCCGCCAGUCGCUAUGAUUCCCCCAUCAACUCAGCUUCACAUGUUCUAUCGUCCAAAACCGCAUCUCUCCCUGGCUAUGGAAGAAAUGGGCUUCACCGGCCCGUUUCUACAGACUUCGCUCAGUACAACAGCUACGGGGACGUCAGCGGGGGAGCGCGAGACUACCAGACCCUCCCAGAUGGCCACAUGCCUGGAAUGAGGAUGGACCGGGGGGUUUCCAUGCCCAACAUGUUGGAACCAAAGAUAUUCCCAUAUGAAAUGCUGAUGGUGACCAACAGGGGGCGCAACAAAAUCCUAAGAGAUGUGGACAGAACCAGGCUGGAGCGCCACUUAGCCCCAGAAGUGUUUCGGGAAAUCUUUGGAAUGUCCAUCCAGGAGUUUGACAAGUUACCUCUUUGGAGACGCAACGACAUGAAGAAAAAAGCAAAACUCUUCUGAGUCCCACACGUAGACAGCCAUUAGGAGAAGGCCUGACCACGGCGGGGACACAUAGGAUGUUGAAUUAAGGCCCAAACUUGAUUGGAGCAUUUGCAAACUAUAGUCCCUCAGCAACAGCCGAAAGGGAAAAAUCUGAUUAAAACACCCAUGAGCCAAAUAUGGGGCCAGCCCAUGGCCACACUCGCCCAGAAGCAGUGGGGUAGAAAUGUCUGUGUUUCCACGCUCGACAUUAGCGUUCACCUGUGACCUUUUUCCAUCACCUUGUGUCCACAACAGGAGCUACUUCUUUCAUUUUCUUUCAACUGUUAUCCAACAGUAGUGCGUCUGUAUGAAUAAGAGCCAGCAAGUGCCCUUAAGAUGCCGCAUGGGCAAGCAGUUGUAAUAAUUCCAAAGUAUGAAUAUAUUUAUCUUGUAGCGCCUUGGCUGAGAAGCAAGAGCCCGGGGACAGGUCCACGUGGCAGCAGCCUUUGCCUCUUUCCUCACUGGCCUCCUGCAGUGCUGCCUGGUCCUCCGCGGGAUGGACAGCAGGGUCAGGCUCCCCAGGAGCUCUGUUUCAGUAGCCACCAAAGGCAUUUUUAACAAGCUCCUUAUUCCCUACUGUUUGCUAGGACCCAACUUGGCAAGUUACUUAGCUGUUGCUAAAAAAAAAAAAAAAAAAAUUAAGAGGAAAAAGGAAUGGAUGAAAAUUCUCCUUGAACCCUUUUCUACUUCAGGAAGUAUGUUCCUCCCCACCAAGGACAAGAGCUGUCUCAGCCCCCAGCCCUCCACUCUCACAAAGAAAGGAAAGGGAAAGAUUGUCUCCUGAUUGGCCCAGUUGGAUACUGUUAGAUGAGUUUGGUCCAAAGGCCAUAGCCCUCUUGACCAAAAAAAAAAAAUUCUGUGUCUUCCCAAUGCAAGUUUCCCAGCCCAGCUUCCUCUUCUUUCUAUCCAGCAUCCUAUAUAUCACACCAAGCCCUCGAUGAUUUUGAGUUCUUUAAGGUCUUUUCAGUAGUAGGCCAAGGAAAGGCAUGUUUUUCUCUUUGAAAGCUCUGAAACUCAAGGGCGACGGCCCCCAACUGAUUUAGUUUGGUCUUUUCAGCUUUCUUGCCUAGCUCUGUUGACUUCCUGAUACGUGUGUGUGUGUAUGUGUGUGUUCGUGUUUUCACUCACCCAUGACAGUUGGGGGAGUCUGCAUGUGCUUUUAAAUUUCACUCCUGCUUGAAGGUUUGUCCUACUCAGCUGCAGUUUCUAGGGGACAUUUGCACAGGUGCAUGUGACUCAAAGGUCAAGAGUGAGGCUAACUGCAUCCUGGUCAUCAGGUCCCUCAUGGAAAGAUGCUGGUGGUUAGAAGCCAACAUAUUCCAUGACAGAUGUAGCUCAAGUCAGCAUCAGACUGAAGACCGAAGCUUUGGAUCAGGCUGGGAGGAGACAACAGCAGAACAUCCCACCAGAGUCCUCAAACUCAGCAACACAAGAUUCACAUUGGGGCCAAGGAUUACACCCAAACUUGCAUUUAAGACGCCACCAUGGUUCCUGAAAGCCUCUGGCUGAGACUUGAAGGUGAUGUCAGAUACACGUAGGAGGUUGUCACAUUUAUUUGCAUGCUUUGGAGAGCUGUUUAAGAAUUUAAACUCUUAUUUAAAGCCAAAGGAGAAAGCAUAGGAGGUUGUCACAUAAAUCCUCAUGCUUUGAGGGCUCUGUUUCAGAAUUUGUAAACUCGAUUUUAAAGCCAAAGGAGAGAACCUGUAUAUGCCACUAAUUAUAAAAGCUUAGAAGUUCUUCCUGCUGGCGCCAAAUAUUAGAAUGAGUUAGUAGCUGAUACCAGUGGCAAAAAGCAAGAAUAUUCUUUCUGACCUUGUGCUGAAGAGCUAACUUGUGACACACUCUAGAGACUGGGUGUCUUAAUGAACAUGACAGUUGCUUAAUUAUUGCAUUCUGGGCUCUUCCUGACCUUUGCUAGACACUGAAUGUUUAAGGACUGUGUGUGUGUGUGAACAUGUGCUGGACCUACUAAUGUAUUUAGCAAAUGGUUCUGAUGAGGUUGAUGUGAGGAAACCAGCUCCUCCUUGGACUGAAGGCAGACCACGGCUCCUUCAGUUCUGUCCCUUCAUCUGUUUGGUUUGUUGCCUUUUGCUUCAUUCAGUACAUCCACUGGCCCAUCUUCUCUCUAACCUCUCCUGCAUGGGCAGCCCUCAGCACCUGUGUGUCCUGAUCCUCGCUUCACUUUGGCAAAGUAUGAGUGGGGAGACCACAGUGUAGGCCCAGUGUUUCCCUGCCUUGACCAAAGACACAGAUGGCCGAAUGGAUCCCAGGGCUCAGCUGGAGGAGAGAGAUUUUCAUGGUGGAGAUAAGAAGGGCCCUCAGUGUUUUUCACUGGCAAAUGAGUUAAAACCCACAUACUUGCAGAUCAAAUGUCAGUGGAAGAAAAACCCCAAUGAUAGUUAAAGAACUGAGCCCUAAGUUUGCCCCCACUAAUGAAACUUUACUUUUCUUCUUACUUUUGAAUUCAGUUCAGCAUCCUCCUUGGGUAAGGGGAAUGCUUCUUUCCAUAUCAAAUGUAUUAGCUAAUUUAAACUAUACCAUGCAAAAAACUGCCUUGCCAGAAAUGCCAAUGGCUUCCUGUCUGUAAGCAGAGAAGUGCUGCUUUCUGAAGUGGGGGCUCCCCAGCCCCGCUCCCCAGCAGAAAGCUCCAGGCAGAGUGAUGGGUCACAGCACAACCGGGUUCUCCCAACUGCCGAAUCAAAUCAAAUCAAGGGGCUACAACAUCCUAUCUGUUUCGUUGAACUGAGCUCAGCAUGCUUGUCCCCAGAACGUCCAGGUCACUGCACAGGAAAUCAGUGUUCUCUGCCUGAAUCCCGCCCUGCAUAAAAAAUUCCAGUUCUUAACACUGUCAAAUUAAUGAGAAUUGUUUACUCUAGGAAAAGGAAGUAUAUGCAUGGCAAGCUUCCCUAGUACAUACAGAAAGGGCUACAUUUUUGAGCAUUGGACUGACUAGUGAUUCUUGAAGCAUAGGCUGAUUGCAUGAAGAGGCCUCUAUAGUUACAUGAAAGUCAGCGCUUCCUUUAGAGUUUCUUCCAGAAAAGCCAGGUUACCAUUUAGUCUUUGGGUGUGAUUUAUGUCGAGACACAAAGAGCAUUUGGAAAUUUGUCCAUCUUGCUGGGCAUCUAUCUCUUGGUUUGGGUUCAUUACUAAAUGUUCUUAAUGUGACUUCUUUAAUCACUAAAGAGAAACUGCCUGUUCUCAGAAACCUUGAACAGAAAAGCUAGCGUCAGUGGGUAAUAAGGUGCAAAGAAAAAAAAAACUUCUCCCUGUCGAGUCCUCAGUCUCCCCUCUUCUUCCAGUUCUGUUGUGUCCAAGCUGAGUUUCCUCUUCCAGGGUGAGGCUAGAACUAUGCCUUUUUCAACUUCCAUCCCCUCCAUCUGUGAUGUCAAUCAGCUCCACUGGGAAAAGUCUUGCUGGAAAUGUUUCUUAAACUUUCACCUAAUUUCUUUACACUUUAAAGCAAACACCUUUUUCUAAAGAACUGCUUCUCAGAUGAUUAUAUAAAAUAUAUAUGCUUUUGCAAGUUUAAAAAUUCAAAUUCACUUUUGACUAGAUAGGUCUUUCUAAAAACUCUUUAAGGCAAACUUGGUGUUAGCGUUCUCCUGUGUGUUGAGGGGCAGGGGACCCUCCUGUCUGUAGGCUCCCAGAGCCUUCUUUCUGACCGCCGGGAAAGACGGUGGAAGGAAGAUGAACUUUGUGCCAUCAGCCCUUCUGUGUCCUCUGCAGGAAGCUCAGUUUUUACAAAUCAUCUUGUCUGUAUUUCCAGUCACUGUUUAAUCUGUACUUCCUAGGCCAGACUUGAUUUUAUCUGACUUAUUAAGAUUAUUUCCCUUUGAUAAAACAAGUGUUUGUCAGGAUGCCCUAAAACUCACUCAUUAGUACUCCCUUUUGAAGUACGUUCUAUAAAAAAAAAAAACACCAGAUUAUUUCAGGCUUGAGAUUUGCAAUGACACCUUAUAGUGCUGACGUGCAUUAAGGGCACUACCCAAUUAUGCUUUUUUUUUUUUAAAGGAUAAUUGCUUUUCAGAAUUUUGUGGUUUUCUGUCAUACAUCAACAAGAACUAGCCAUAGGUACAACCAUGUCUCCUCCCUCCCGGAUACCCCUCCCAAUUAUGUUUUAAUGAAAGAAAGAGAAACUUUGGUAUUAAAAAAAAAAAAAAUCACUUUCUGUUUGCUGCCAAGAAGCAGUGGGGAGAUGGUGACUGACACACUUUGCAUGUGAAUCUUUGUGUUUUUCAUUUGGGACAAGUUUCAUUUAUGACAGACUCGAAAGGGGGAAGUGGUCGGUUUAAGCUGGAAAGCUCUCUAAACAAUCUGCUUGUACACAGCAAAAUUAAAGCCAAUCUUUUCUGAUGCUUAGUGUAAUGGAGUGGCAAUUGCUCUCAUUAAAUAAAAUUCUUCCCCAAAGAGUCUCUCCCAAGCCCUGAGUCGCUCUCCGAGCCCCUUUGGCAAAGGUAGAGGAGAAGCCCGCAUCCACUAACAUUCAGAAAGGCAGGGAGCUACUUAGUGAUCGUAUACGUGUAUGUUUCUUUACUCUACAGAAGAGGAGUGUCCAAGGGGUUGGUGUUCGUUUGGGAUGUUCUGUACAGACCUGUCCAGUAAUAAAUGUGUGGUUUCUGUGAGUUGCCGACAAUCCUGCAUUGAAGCUUUUGCAGUUCUUUCAUUUUGAAGUUGGGUUUAAUGGAGUUUUUUUUCAAGUGUUGGAAGGCAUACUGUUCUUCCUGCCUCCCCUCCCCUUCCAGAAAUAUGAAAGCAAAUAUUUGGAAGAACUGCUGUUUAAAAGAUGUAUCGUGUCCCCCGUGAAAGUGUGUGGGUGUCUGUCGGUGUCCUGAGUGCCGCGCGCCAGUGCGCAGAGGCGGGGGUGGCCCUGGGCCCGAGCUGCUAUGCUUGUGAUGCUGACCUGCUCCGCGCUCCUGUUGAAAUCAGCACCUGCCUCCCCUGCCGCUGUCUGGCCUCACUGUUAUCCUCACAACUCAGUGAAUAAAGUGUGUGCUUUAUUCGUAA